AUGUGGAGACUAAAAUUAUUCGUAUUUCUAGGAGUUCCGAUGGAGAUCUUUGCCAUUGCGAACGGAGAUGUUUCAACUUACAUAUUAGACCCCAACUUCGAAAACUACCUACCUAUCAUUCCAACAGAAAUCCAAAGCGUCAAUUUCACGUGGCGGUCUGGAGAUCAAAAGUACUACUACGAUUUUGAGCAGCUGAAAUCCUUUAAUGAAAGCCUUCUUCGGGAUCCUACAGUAUCGAUUGACAUUAGGGGAAAAGUACCGAGGAAGCCCAAAGUUUUUCAGUUGUUCUUACACUGCCGUGGAAACCAGAGUGGGAUGGCAUCAAUUGGAAUUGACUUAAGGAUACAAAACGACAGAGGAGCCUUUCUACCAGGGACGCCCUUAAAAUUUCGAUUACGGAAGGAAUGUGACAAUCAUGUUCCUGAUCCAGAAUGUGAUAAGAAAUGUGCCAACGGAGGCAGGUGUAAUCAGCAUCGAAUAUGCGAAUGCCCAAAAGGAUAUAUGGGGAAAUACUGUCAUUCGGCUCUCUGUUAUCCACAGUGUAUGAAUGGAGGCACUUGUAUCUCACCCGGACUAUGCGCCUGCAGCGAUGGCUAUAUAGGGCCCCAUUGUGAAGGCGGAAUGUGUCUCGAAAAAUGUUUAAAUGGCGGUAAGUGUAUAAACAAAGACACUUGCUUGUGUAGAAAUGGGUACUAUGGGGCACGAUGUGAAUACAGUAAAUGUACUGUCGUCCCAUGUCUAAACGGAGGUCGUUGUGUCGGAAUAAAUAAAUGUCGUUGUAAGAAGGGAUACACUGGUCCUCAAUGUGAAGGGCUGCUUGAAAGACCAAGUCUUGCAAAACAUGUUUCAGAAAGUUGCAAGAAGAAAUGUGCCAACGGGAUUUGCCACAACAAGAGAUGUGUCUGUGACAAAGGCUGGUUCGGCAACAAGUGCAAUAGGAGAAGGCCAAAAAGAAGGUGGCAAAGAAAACUCUUACAUUAAAUAUUAAUUCCAGUACGUAGGAUUCAUCAGCUGACUGCUCUGCAAUACAUCAUAUGGUGUUGAUUUGUUGAUGCAAGUUAAACGAUGUUCAAGACAAUUUUCAAAGAGGAAAAGCUUCGCCACUUAAAAAUGCGCCUAUCAAGUUUUGCAGGUUUUUAAAUGUGCUGAAUUUAAUACCUUAUUGCGGCAGUUUUAAGAAAAGCAAAAUUGGACGAAGAUUUCCCUUUUGAAUAUUUGUAUUUUCGUAUAUAACACAAAGUCCGAAAUCUAGAAUGAUCUAAUAUCCAGAUCUCCGGGUCAACAGCAUUUUUUUUCUAACACAGAGGAGAAAGAUUCCAGAAGUAGUUUCUUGCUUUAGUAUAUGCUUAAUGUUUCAAGCUUGCACGGCAGUCAUUUUUCAUAAUAAAAGUAUGUCAGAGUUCCCGAUUCUAAAUUUCAUUUCGAUACUAAUUAAAACACUUAUGUUGAAGAAACAUAAUCAUUUAUUAGCUUAAAUCUAUAUGAUCAAUAAUUUGAUGGCUCUGUAACUGCCUUUUCGCUCAGCAUAAAUUUCAAACAGAAACUUUCUACAAAAGUUCAUGGCUGAUUUAAUAUGGAUUCGCUGGUAAAUAACUUACAUCUAUGACGCCAAUCUGGCAAUCAUUUUUUACUUUCAUCACCACGUGACUAUCAGCUCAUGACAAUUUGAGAAUGCAGCGAUAUAUAUAUAUAUUUUUAAUAUUAGUAAUGGAACACCCAACAGCACGGUGAAAUCCAAUAGUGAACAACACAUAACGAUGAACACUUUAGCCAGCUACUUUGCGCAGCAUUUUUGUUGAAAAAGAGGAAUUUAACAGAAAUUUGUUUCCACAUGCAAAAAAAUAGAUUCCGUAAAUGAUAUUCAUAUGCCAAAAGGUUACAUUUAAUGUUGUUUGAAUUAGUAAGAACUGAAUUGUUAUUCACAUAAGCUUUAAGUAUAUACGGGAAUGAAUUUAUUCGAGACUCAGAUAAGCCUUAAGUACAUGCAAGAAAUAGAUGUAAGUAUACUCAGUAACUCAGCUUAUAGAAUUCAGGCACAACUCCCGCAGUAUGUGACAGAAGAAAGACAAAAUUUAGUGGAACAGCAUGUUUUUAGUAGUCAGUUUCAUGAUAUAUCGCCAAUAGAGUAUAGGCGUUGCCAGCUAAGCAACCGACAGAGAAGAAAGUGGCAAAGAAGUUGCUGAGAAGGAAAAAAUUGCGAUUCCCAAUUUAAUGGAAAUCUUUGACUCGGCAAAUUACAGAAACUUUGCAACGGAACAAGAAAUUAUAUGAAAUAUUUAAUAACUUGCACAGAAAGAAAUGUUUAUAAAUCAAAUAAAUAAAUACCGAGCUUUUUUUUGUAAAUUUUG